CACGCACUCACACACUCUCUCCGAGCUCUUCUCCGACAGAGGGGAGAGAGCGCGAGCGCAGAGAGUGAUAAACACAGAGAGAGAGAGACUAUAGGAACGCAGCGGCUCGUGUGUGUGUGCGUGUGUGUGUGUGAAGGUACGCUCGCUCGGUGGUAGAAACGACUGGCGGGGCGGAUAUGGAGGGGCUCGGGAGAAACGCUGGGAACUGACCGAGCACCGAGAAGAAGAGAGGGAGAGAGACAGAAGAGAGAGGAAGGACGGACGGACAACACGGAAGGAAGGAAGGACGGAAGGAAAGGAGGAGAGGAGGAGAGGAGAGAAGUCUGACAGAGGAGAGGAAGACUGUGAAGAAGGGGCUCGUCUGGAACACAGAAGGAUCCUAAGCAAGAGCCUCUGUGCCCGUGUGCACGCCAGCUCUGGUGUGUGUGUGUGUGUUUGCUCCACUCUUCUCCACUAGAGGAAUGUCCUUGGCCUGUCCGACCUGCGUGCUCCCACCGAGUCCUCUGUCAAACACCUGGGGCGGGCUCUCCUGCACCGCUCCAGCCAAUCAGGAGCCCUGGCAGUUAAUGACAUCAGUUAGCGGAGGAUCUUUUAGGACCAGCCCCUCGAGGAGUGAGCCCUGGGCUGGAUGGGACCCACCAUGCCCCCCAGUAAGAAGGCCCAGAGCCCCAGUAGUGGCGCCAGCGCCUCGCAGGGUAUGAGCCCGCCGUACCGACAGGGGGAUGCGGCCACAGCAGCAUCCGAGGCCGAUGCGGCUGACCUCUCGCUGUCCCUUUCCGCAUCCUUCUCCAAGGCUGAGGACGAGGAGCUCACCAGUCUCUCCUGGCUCCACGAGAGCACCGACCUCCUCAACAGCUUCAGCCACUCGGGGCUGCGUAGCGUCUCCCCCCUACAGGACCCCGACGGCCAGCACCCGCGCUCGCCCUCCUCUUCGUCUCCCUCCCCGGACGACCCCCUGCUCGGCGAUGCACACUCGGCGUACGACUUGGCAGCGGGAGCCAACAGAAAACCGCCGUACUCCUUCAGCUGCCUGAUCUUCAUGGCCAUCGAGGAUGCGCCAAAUAAACGUCUUCCAGUGAAGGAUAUCUACGGCUGGAUCCUGGAGCACUUCCCUUACUUUGCAAGUGCCCCCACUGGCUGGAAGAACUCAGUGCGCCACAAUCUGUCGCUCAACAAGUGCUUCAAGAAGGUGGAUAAAGACCGAAGCCAGAGCAUAGGCAAAGGUUCUCUGUGGUCCAUAGAUCCCGAGUAUAGGCACAACCUGAUCCAGGCGCUAAAGAAGACGCCGUACCAUCCCUACUCGCCCGGCCUGGCCACCCCCUCCACCUCCCCACCCACCCUGCCUCAGACAUUUCACCACAGUCCUCCAUUGUGGUCGGGGAGUCCCCUCUUCAGAAAGAACGGAGGAGUUCUUCUACAAGUUCCUCGGGGUGUGAUCCAAAAUGGCACCCGUGUCAGGAGCCAGGCACUCUUCCCUGUGAUAAGACCCCUACCUGUAAGCCCUGUAGGGAGCAGAACCUCGGCCAUACGAUCAUCCCUGGGAGAUUAUCUAAGCCGAGGACAGGACAGCCCGUGCUGCUACUCUCCCCCGCUCUGCAGCGAGGACCAGGACGACCACACUUACAGCACCGCCAAAUCCCCCAGCAGGCUGUGCUCCCCUUCCUCUCUUCUGGACGACGACGACAUCAUCGCCGUGGAGAUCCAAUCGGACAUCAAACCCGAGCCCCGGGAGAUCCCGCUGGAUUCACACAUCACCACUGCCGCCGCGACCUACAUUUCCCAGCAGCCCCUGCGCGGACAGAGACGUAGCUCGGGGCCGGGAGCUGGGACUCUGGCGGGGAGCAGUUUGCCCUGGACCAAAAACCGAGCGAGGGGCAUUAGCGACACGCUGCCGCUCAAGAAGCGGCGCGCGGCGGCGGUGGAGAAGCCGCCGGAGAGCGACGAUGAGGAGAUGAAGGAGGCGGCGGGGUCGCUGCUCCACCUGGCAGGGGUCAGAGCCUGCCUCAACAACAUCACAAACCGCACCGCCAAGGGCCAGAAGGAGCAGAAAGAGGCCCUGAGAAACUAAGACACACAUAUAGAACAUAGUCAUGCAUACACACACGGACGCUACACACACACACACACACACACACAUUAACACACUGACACAAUACACAAAUAGGUCAACAGGUAACGUUACUACAGCAUUAGUCUCAACGGACACUUCUCAUCUCCCUCUAUCUAUCUGCAGGGCAUUAGGUGAAUCCUACUUAUUUGUGGCAAUAUCAAAAAUCUAUGUUUUCCUACAUGUUCAACAACACUAACAUCAAUGGGUAUUUCUCAUGUGUCUUUGUUGAUUUUGUUGUUUAAAAAGGGGAUGAAAGCCAUAAAAAAAACGCAUGUUUUGUCACUAAUUUGGACAACUCGACAAAACCGAAUCACAUUGAGGAGCGUGCAGUACACAAACACAGAAGAUGGCUGUUUGUCUUACCUGUUUGUUUCUAUGUGAAUCUGUAGCAAUCUUGCAGUGAUGCCAGCAAAAGACGACGGCGGAGCCUAUUUAACAAGACUUAGCGCUAUAUCGGACGCUCGCUCGCAUCACUCCUACAUCCACAAGCACAAAUGUGAGACUGUGCCAAAGAUAAGCGACCAGGUUGCUUCAUGUAGCCGAUACGACAGCUGACAAAAAAUAAAAAAGAAGGCAUAGUAGUAAAGAAGAGCUAGGGAGGAUGACCUAAAGCGUCAAAAUAAUUGUAAAACCCAAUGUGAUAUAUAUUCAUGCACUUAAGAUUAUUUAACACCACUUAUAAUAGAAGCAUCAUGGGUUUAUUUCAAGAGCACUCAUAGUAUUUAAGAAUAGAUAUUUUAAAAUGAAAAAAAAAUGGUCAUGUUUAUCACCAUAGAGAUGGAUAGUGUGCCGGGUCUGAGGCAAUAUCUCCUUCAUUUUGUUGUUGUUGUUGCAUAAUGUAAACGUCCCUGAAACUUCCCCAGUACUUCUGUCCAUAGACGUAGACACCUGGUAUAGAUAUCGUAGCUACCAGUUAGCUACCACACCUUCCUAUUCAUUUGACAAUGUCAAAGAACUAUAUACAUGAACUGUGGGUUUAGAUUUCUGUUUGUGUCUGUUUACCCUCACUCUACCCUCAUAAAGAUAUAAGCAAUUUGUCCCAUGUGGACAACUCUGUAAAAAGGUUAGAAAAUAUUUUAUUUUUUUCCUUUCUUAAUUGAAGCAAUUUGACCUGCAGGACUUUCUCAGUUAUAUUGCAUGGGUGCUUGUAAAUAAGAUAAAAAGCAAAUCUUUUUUAUUCAAAGAUCAUGUAAGAUAAACGAUGUAUUUAGCAUGAAGCAUGACUUAUUUUCAUAUAAACCUUGAUCCUAGAGGAAAGAAAAAAAGUUUUGCCGCCAAUCCUUAUACCCGUGAUUAUAUUGGAUUUUCUUUUGUUUUUUUGUUUGUUUGUUUGAAUCUUUUGGGUUCUUUUUUUUUUCUGAGCGGGCUUUCAAAGACAGGUCUUCAGGGAGGAGCGUGGGAGAUCACUCUGCAAUUAGAGGCUCCGAGGGGGCCACCUCUUGGGCUUCGGGUUCAGGCUCUGUAGGCCAGCUGAAUCACCUCUUAGGGGUGGGCUUCCGUCUUCUUCUGCCUGUACAGUGAUUUUUAGGUGUUCAAUGUUAACCCCAGUGUUAUUUCAGAACACAUCUGUAGAGUGUGUGAGUUUGUGUGCCCAGGAACACACACCCUUUAACAUUGUGCCUGCCUGCCUGCCUGCCUGCCUGCCCUCAGUACCUCUGUUGUCAUGUCUCCGACAUGUUUUUGACAGAACGUUACUUGUCUUUAUUUAUAACAGUAUUGUUUUAUUUUUUCUCUCCUGUGUGUAAAUGUACAUGUGUCCUUAUUUCCCAUCGGCAUUGUUCAGUGUAAAUGUAUGGAUCGGACGGGCAUGGGAAACUUUGAAAGAACCUCAUAUCUCCAAAUAGGCUUCUUACGUGUUGGAUUGAAAAGAAAGAGGAAUGUAGGAGAUGGCAUAAAUGACAAAAAAAAGGUUUUUUUUUUUAUUAUUAACAUACAGUAUUGUUAACCCUUUGAUUAAAGGAAUUACUUGUGGAUGUCAAGUUUGCAUACAUAUUUAUCUCAAGAGCUCAGUCCAGAGAUCAGAGGUGUUUUUUAAAAUAUAUUUUGCCACUCUACAAGGUCAUGAAAACACUGACUUGAUUAAAAUCCACACGGGCAGUAGUGAGCUUUGACAUUUUUGCAUCAGAAGUGAUAUAAAUACCGCACUGCCAUUAUUCGGCAUGCUUGUGCUGAAACAGGAAUGCAUAAAAGUAUUCAUUCCCCCCCCCCCCCCUACUUGCGGAGAUGCAGUGCAUAUAAAAGCAGCUUUGUAGGAAAAAGGUAGGUUUGGUUGUAGCAGCAGUCAGGCGAGGUUUUGUUUAAGCUCAGUGGACGUUGAGUGAUUGUCAGCGAGCCAAGCAGGCAAACAAAUGCAUGUCCCAUCCACUGGUACAGUCUUUUGCCACCUGUAGCAUGCAUCACUGGCUUUGCAUUUUGUAUGGUAUCCAUGCCGACAUAUUUAAAAAAAAAAAAAAGGCUAAAAGGAGACACUGUCAGUGUUCUUGUUGUGUGCCAUCCGUCUCUCGUCUGAUAUCUGUCUUGAGUGCUCCCGCGGCCCAGGUCAAGCACUCUGCUGUAUUUGCAGCAACAAUCCACUGUUGUGGUGACUAAUAACGUGCUCAGCUGGCAAGAGGCAAGUCGAGGGGGAAGAAAUCCACCUUUUUUUCCUCUGACUCACUCAGUGACAUGCAGCAAGGAUGAACUCCUGACCCACGAGUCCUAGAAAAACACAUAAAAUGUACCUUGGACAUUUUAAAGCAAAUGAAAUAUACUUCACUGCCUGAAAAGCCCCUUAAACAAGUGUUUGUUUCAAACCUGCCAAACAUACAAGGAAACGCUCUAACAAAUACAGUUGCCAUUUCUUUAUUUGUUGAGGUUUUUAUGUGCAUUUUCAUUUUCUGUUUUGUUUUCUCUCUCUCUGACAAAAAUAUCUACAAUACUGCCAUUUAUUUUUUGGUUGGUGACUGUCUGAGCUGAAUAUUGGAAAGCCAUAGGUUAGAGAUGUCAAAAUGCAAAACGGUUAUUGAUCUGUGAGAUGUGAUGCAGACUGCACCCGGGUGUUGUUUUUAUUUUCAGUAAAUGUUCAAUUCUCUCCUUAUUGUGCAAUCAUAUUGCCAAAGAAUGAUUUCAAGACCUAUUUCAUCACUACAUGUAAAUAUCAACGUUGUCCAAUACCGUGGCAAAAAAUAUAUAAAUGUUGUUUUAUUUUGUUUUCCAUUUUCUGAAAAACUGCAAUGAUGUUUAUGUGAUGUAUUGUCUUCCAGUUGGUUGCAAUAAUAAAAAAUACAAGUUGCAGAAGA